CCUCAGGGCGGUCGACGCCCCUCCAGCCUCCGCACACACCCCUCCCCGCCAUUUGCAGCGUGUGGCACAAAGCGCUGCCGCCGCCGUCGCCGGCUGCUCCUCCCUGUCCUCACGGCGCGCCUGCUGCGGCCCGCCGUGCGGCCCCGCUCCCGAGGCCCGGCCGGCCUCCCCGUGCUUCCCCGCCCGGAGCCGCGCGUGAGGACAGCUGAGGCCGCAGGAGUGCCUGGGAGAACGAUGCAUGUAGGUCUUUGACAGGAUGUUGUCCGUCGUCCGGCAGAGAAAAGAAGUAAAAACCACAGAAGUUUCUGAGCUUUUUCCAGAACAAGAGGAACAUGUGAAGUUGGGAAAUGCAGUGCCAUCUGGUUGUACCAAUGGAAGAUUAUGGAAGAUCGUGUCCUUUACAUUUGGUGGAACCGUGGCCCUUUGCAUGGGGCUUCUCACGUCUGUCUACCUUGCAACGUUACAUGAGAACGAUUUAUGGUUUUCUAAUAUUAAGGAAGUGGAGCGAGAAAUCUCAUUCAGAACGGAAUGCGGACUAUAUUACUCCUACUACAAGCAGAUGCUGCAGGCUCCAACCCUCGUACAAGGUUUUCAUGGCUUAAUAUAUGAUAACAAAACUGAAUCCAUGCGGACAAUUAACCUCCUUCAACGAAUGAAUAUUUACCAAGAGGUUUUUCUGAGCAUUUUGUAUAGAGUUCUUCCCAUACAGAAAUAUUUAGAGCCAGUUUAUUUUUAUAUUUACACUUUAUUUGGACUCCAAGCGAUCUAUGUCACAGCUCUUUAUGUAACCAGCUGGCUCCUUAGUGGUACCUGGCUCUCAGGGCUGUUGGCAGCCCUCUGGUACGUCGCCAACAGAAUAGAUACCACAAGAGUGGAGUUUACGAUCCCACUGCGGGAGAACUGGGCACUGCCAUUCUUCGCAAUUCAGAUAGCAGCAGUCACGUAUUUUCUGAGACCAAACUUACAGCCUCCUUCUGAAAGGCUGAUGCUUCUUGCCAUUUUCAUAUCAACUUUUCUCUUUAGUCUGACGUGGCAAUUUAAUCAAUUUAUGAUGUUGAUGCAAGCAUUAGUGCUGUUCGUCCUGGACUCCUUGGACAUGCUACCUGCAGUGAAGGCAACAUGGCUGUAUGGUAUACAGAUAGCAAGUUUACUGUUGGUCUGCAUUCUCCAGUUUUUUAAUUCCAUGAUUCUUGGAUCAUUGCUGAUCAGUUUUAACCUUUCAGUAUUAAUUGCAAGAAAACUUCAGAGAAACCUGAAAACUGGAAGCUUCCUUAAUCGGAUUGGGAAACUUUUAUUACAUUUAUUAAUAGUUCUGUGCUUCACGCUUUUUCUCAACAACAUUAUUAAGAAAAUUCUUAACUUGAAGUCAGAUGAACAUAUAUUUAAAUUUUUGAAGGCAAAAUUCGGGUUUGGAGCAACAAGGGAUUUUGAUGCUAAUCUCUACCUGUGUGAAGAAGCUUUUGGCCUCCUUCCUUUGAAUACCUUUGAGAGGCUCUCGGAGACGCUGCUUUUUUAUGCUUACGUAUUUGUUCUGUCCAUCACAGUGAUUGCGGCGUUAGUUGUUGCCUUUCACAAGCUCAGUGAUCCUGCAAACCAGCAAUCCGUGAGCAAAAUGGGAAAAUGCAUAGUGGACCUGAAGCCGGAAACAGCCUACAAUGUAAUCCAUACCAUCCUGUUUGGAUUCUUGGCACUGAGCACAAUGAGGAUGAAGUACCUCUGGACGUCACACAUGUGCGUGUUCGCAUCCUUUGGCUUGUGCAGUCCUGAGAUAUGGGAGUUGCUUUUGAAGUCGGUGCAUCUUUAUAGUCCAAGGAGGAUAUGUAUAAUACGCUAUUCAGUCCCGAUAGCAGUGCUGCUGUACCUGUGCUACAAGUUCUGGCCAGGAAUGAUGGAUGAGCUCUCCGAGUUGAGAGAAUUCUAUGACCCAGAUACAGUGGAGCUGAUGAACUGGAUUAAGUCUAAUACCCCAAGAAAGGCUGUAUUUGCCGGAAGCAUGCAGUUGCUGGCUGGAGUGAAGCUGUGCACAGGACGGACCUUAACCAACCACCCACACUACGAGGACAGCAGCCUGAGAGAGCGGACCAAGGCGGUUUACCAGAUAUAUGCAAAAAGGUCUCCAGAGGAAGUGCAUGCCCUCCUGAGGUCUUUCGGCACAGAUUACGUGAUCCUGGAAGACAGCAUCUGCUACGAGCGAAGGCACCACCGGGGCUGCCGCCUGCGGGACCUGCUGGACAUCGCCAAUGGCCACACGAUGGACGGCCCUGGAGAGAAUGAUCCUGACUUGAAGCCUGCGGACCACCCUCGCUUCUGCCAAGAGAUCAAAAGGAACCUGCCCUCCUACAAGGCCCACUUCACCCGAGUGUUCCAGAAUAAGACCUUCCACGUUUACAAGCUUUCCAAAAAGAAGUAACGGAUUCCUGCCCAGUCCUGCUCUGAUCCAGCGAGACAGCAUCACAGUGAGACCGAGCCGGCGCCGGUUCGCACAGAGCAGGCCGC